GCUUGAGGAGCGCCGGCUACGCGCAUGCGCCCUGGUGUUGCCGCUGUCGCCGCCGUGAGGGAAGUGGACGCGAUGGCUGGGUCCGCGUGGGUGUCCAAGGUCUCUCGGCUGCUGGGUGCAUUCCACAAUACAAAACAGGUGACAAGAGGUUUGGCCGGUGCUGUUCAGACAGUAACUUUAAUUCCAGGAGAUGGAAUUGGCCCAGAAAUCUCAGCCUCAGUUAUGAAGAUUUUUGAUGCUGCCAAAGCCCCUAUUCAAUGGGAGGAGCGGAAUGUCACUGCCAUUCAAGGACCAGGAGGAAAGUGGAUGAUCCCUCCAGAAGCCAAAGAGUCCAUGGAUAAGAACAAGAUGGGCUUGAAAGGCCCACUAAAGACCCCAAUAGCAGCUGGCCAUCCAUCUAUGAAUCUAUUGCUCCGUAAGACAUUUGACCUUUAUGCCAAUGUCCGGCCGUGUGUCUCCAUUGAAGGUUAUAAAACCCCUUAUACAGAUGUAAACAUUGUCACCAUCCGAGAGAACACAGAAGGAGAGUACAGUGGAAUUGAGCAUGUGAUUGUUGAUGGUGUCGUGCAGAGCAUCAAGCUCAUCACAGAAGAGGCGAGCAAGCGCAUUGCAGAGUUUGCCUUCGAGUAUGCUCGGAACAAUCACCGGAGCAACGUCACAGCAGUGCACAAAGCCAACAUCAUGCGGAUGUCAGAUGGGCUUUUUCUGCAGAAAUGCAGGGAAGUUGCAGAGAACUGUAAAGAUAUUAAAUUCAAUGAGAUGUAUCUUGAUACCGUAUGUUUAAAUAUGGUGCAAGACCCAUCCCAAUUUGAUGUUCUUGUCAUGCCAAACUUAUAUGGAGACAUCCUUAGUGAUCUGUGUGCAGGUCUGAUUGGAGGUCUUGGUGUGACUCCAAGUGGCAACAUUGGAGCCAAUGGUGUUGCCAUCUUUGAAUCGGUUCAUGGAACAGCCCCGGACAUUGCAGGCAAGGACAUGGCCAACCCCACCGCCCUUCUGCUGAGUGCCGUGAUGAUGCUGCGCCACAUGGGACUCUUUGACCACGCAGCCAAAAUCGAGGCUGCGUGUUUUGCUACUAUUAAGGAUGGAAAGAGCUUAACAAAAGACCUGGGAGGCAACGCUAAGUGCUCUGACUUCACAGAAGAAAUCUGCCGCCGAGUAAAGGACUUAGAUUAGCACCUCUGCAGGUGGAUUUGCUGCUGUCAGUCACUUCAGAAGGAUACCCUGGAAUCCUCCUCGAGAACGCCCGCCAUUGGUUUGCUUGCUUCUUGACAGAGUACAUUUUCAAAUCCGGCCUUUUCUUAACAAAACCCUUGCAACAGAUGCACAUGAAGGCUCCGGCCUGCAUUGGGUUUUCCCAAGUGCUUGUUGUAUUUAUUGUCUAUCUGGUAAACCUUUUUUUGUAAACUGUAAGUGAACUGUAUCAUUUACCAUUGUUACCCAUUUUACACUUCAGGCAAAGUAGUUUUUCCUCAACUGUAAAUAUUAUGAUACAGAAUUAAUAAGAGAAAAUAUUUAACUUUUUAACAAAAGCCCUGUUUUUUGGUUUAUGAAAACAUACUGAGAAUUAAACAGGGUUUUAACAAUCGCACAAGAUAACAUUAUUCUAGAACUAAAUGGGCUCAAAAGGAAUUUCUUAGGAAAGUUCACAGCAAAAAUGGUAUAUUUCUUAGCAAUAUGGAAAAUAAAAAUAUUUGUCCUGUACAUGAAUUAUUAAUAAAAAUGUAAGCUCCAAGAAAUAUAUAAUGGACGAUGUAAUUUUGUUAAUAACGUAUAGGUAAUCCUUGAGCCAAAGCCCCAGAUGCCCUGUGUAUUAGAUUAUUUUGUUAUCUUGAGAUUCACUAUUUUUUUGGGAGAACUCUUAAUUAAGGGAGAUCAUUCCUCUUUAGAAGACACAUUGUAAGAAAGCAUUUGAACCCCUGAACUCGCCCCUCAGUUGGGGAGCCAGCUACUGCAAAUGACUCCUGUGUGGCCCUGGGAGGAAGCCACACUCCGCUGGUGCUGCAGGUGACACUGGAAAGGCUUGGCUACCUCUCUCAGCUGUAGUCGAGGACCGUGGGAUGCUGGCUAUGAUUUAUAUUUCAUAGCUGCCCCUUCACUUCCCCUAGAACACCCAGUCACUGCCAUCUGCCCCAGUAGCACCCACAAAAGACCCCACUGCAGAGGCAGAGCUGACUCAGCCCAGACUGGGGCUCGUGUUACUAGCUUCUGACCCUCAGCUUCCUAUCCCUACCCUCCCUCAGCUCUGCACCACAGCAUGAAGCUACUCUUUGGCCCACACCAAAGUUAAGCUGUCUUCCCUCAGCCCUUGUACCAGUUUGCAAACCCAUGGCUUUGUAUAAUGUACCCAGGUCACAAGGGGAUUUCUUAACAACAGAUCUCCCCAUCUGGGUCAUUUUUAAAGCUCUUAUUCAGAUUUAAAAUCUGUAUUUUACUUUCAACUGCUGCUUUCUCUGUCUUACUGGAUUGUUCUAGUUACCAGUGGCUUUGGGUUCACAGUAAUAAAGAAUUUAAAAACUGCUGA